AACAUGUUGGCCACGCUUCCUUAUUUCAAGAAUGAAAAGUAGACUUAAAAUCUGUCCAUUAUUCAGGAGCUCUGCCAGAGUUGAGUUUGACAUAGCUUAGAAGAAGGCCAACAAUAUUAGUAUCAAAGAUGAGGAUGUCCAAGAAGAAUUGGUUUGGCAGUGUCAAAAAGAAACUAUUCCGGUCAUCUCCUUCACAUAAAAAUAUCAUUGUUCUUCAUAACAACACUAUUACCAAUAGGACAAGCAGCGCCAAUGGACGGUCGCCUACGAAGAACAAUGGCCGCGCCUAUUUUAUACCUAAAGAGGAUAUGGCUGCUAUUACUAUUCAGUCUCAUUUUAGAGGUCAUCUUGCAAGACGGGCGUUUAAGGCACUGAAAAGCCUAGUGAGGCUUCAAGCAGUGGUGCGUGGGGCAUGUGUGAGAAGACAAGCAAGGAUAGCUCUGCAUUGCAUGCACGCCCUUGCACGGUUGCAAGUUACUGUCCGAGCUCGGCAACUCCUCAGCAAGUGCGACGACCGUUGAUAAACAAUCUUUUAGGUGACUACCUAGUGCAAAGAUUGAUUUACAUUGUCAACUUAUACAAGUUAAAACUGUGCAAAUUUUCGUUCAGUUGCAUAUAAAUGUCGUCAGAUGUCAACCAUAUAUUGGAAAGUGAAUAGGAUGGAGGGAUUUGUUGAGUGCCUAAACAUGACUUGUAGUGCUGUACCUCUAGUUCUUGCGAUCCUUAGAGCUUGAUAUUGCUACUAACGAAUUUAAAACUUGUGUAAAUCGUGAUAUUGCUUUUUGUGGAAUUGCAUAUAGUUGUUUUUUAGAUUAAUACAUAUCUACAGUACAUUACUAUGUACGCAUGGGGUUUUGAAAUGAUCUAAUUCUCUUC